AUGGAAGCUCUUGGAUUCCUCAGGUUUUGGAAAAACGCCGGCGUCGGCGCCGGUGCUGACGUCGGUCUCGGCGCGGAUGACGUACACAAUCCUGCGUUCAGCUCGGAUGGAGAAGAAACCGACGACAACGAUUCGUUCUUCGAUCUGGUCAUCAAAUCGCCCGAUCGAGCUGCCUCCGAGACCCGCGGUGGCGAUUCGAAGGACUAUCCGAGCUCCAAGCCUCAAUCUCCGGUCAGCAUCCUACGGUCGGGCCCCAAAUUCAAGGUGUUCAUGCUUGGAUUCAGAAAAUCGCCGAGCCGCGAGAAGGCGUCGAAGCCGAACGCGGCGAAUCUGCUCUUGAGAUCGUCGAAGCUCGACCGAUUCGCAGCGAAAAACGGGGCGGAGGGGACGCCGGCUGCCGGUUGUCCGGUUAUCGCCAGGGACAACAGCCUGCGGACUAAAAUGCUGAAGGACGGCUGUGAGUACGGUGCUUCCCCCGACGUACUCGCCGCCGGGGAGAAAUCGGCGCCCAAAUACAUGAAGCUGAUGAAGCCUUUCUACGUCAGGGUGUCGAGGAACGCGAGGUCGUCGGAUUCGUCGAUGCCGUCCUCUUCUCCGGCGGCGAAUCUGUCUUCCAGGAAAUUCUGUGAGGUGCGUAGGGUGGGGAGCUUCAAGAUCAUGUCGAGGAGUUUGGUGAAAAGCCGGUCGGCGUCGGCGACGGACGGGCCGGCGCUGCCGCCGAUGCGCCGGAGGGACGACUCACUGCUGGAGCAGUCCGAUGGAAUCCAAGGCGCCAUUCUUCACUGCAAAAAUUCCUUUAAUAAUCCCUCAUAUCGAGAAAUCUCGCAAUUACCUCGGGCCGCAAGCGAUAACUCGCACGAGAAAUUGAGGAGAAAUACGUUUGAGCAGCAAAAACGGUGCAGCAUUUGA